CCUUUCACUACAUGAAAUGAUUUAAAUGCAUAUACUAUGAGAUUAUGAUUUAAUAUCUGCAGAGAACUAAUACAUUGUAGGCUUACUGCUCUUAGACUGAAUUCAUUUUCUCUUUUCAGAUCAAUUUCAACCUUUAUCUCUUGAUAUGUUUAAGUUUGAAUGUUAAAAAUUAUCUGAUGUAGUACUUUGUACUUGCAGGUAUUCAAAAAGGAAGUAUAGAGCCACUUAAGUAAUAAAACAAUUUUACUGGUCUAUUAAAAACUCCUAUUUUUGAAGUCUCAGUCGCCACACUGGGUGUGUAGUGUGUACUUACGAUGUAGGAACCAUUCAAGCGACGUGUGUUUCAUGUCGGAAGACUAAUUCAGUUGCACCGUCCUCCACUACAAGAUGUACCGGGCUUUUAUUUUAGAUAUGGUCUGAUAUGAGUGGAUGCCGCACACUGAGGAUGGCCUUCUUUUAGGUUCUAACUCUGGAGGGUCUGAAGUCUCAAACAUGCUGUCAGGACUUGUUGCCGCUGCUGCCUGCCACUCUCUGAAGUGGACAUUGCCUCACUGCAAAGCCACUCUUCACAGAACUUAUUGCUCAACAAAGCCAAGGCAAUGGCUACUGGGAACGGUGGUUCAAAGACAGGCUCAUAGAUGGACUACAGCACAGUCAUCAAGGAUAAACCGGGGUCCUGUGUUUGCCAGGGCUCCAGCAUUUGGAGAUAGACUCGCUAUCAUAGAUAGCAGUGGUAGCCACAGCUACAAGCAGCUGUACAGCAGCAGCUUAGGUCUUGCAGGUAGAAUCACUACCACUCUCAACUCCGACUUUGGGGGUCUGGAAGGCAAACGAAUCUCCUUCCUGUGUGCUAAUGAUGCCUCCUAUACAGUGGCACAGUGGGCAUCUUGGAUGAGUGGUGGGACGGCCGUGCCACUCUACCGAAAACACCCUGAAUCUGAACUGGAGUACAUCAUCUGUGACUCCCAGAGUUCACUGCUGGUGGCAGGGCAUCCCUACGCUAAAACCCUCGAACCACUGGCGCAGAGACUCGGGCUGCCAUGCCUGACACUGCCCCCUACAUCUGACCUGUGCACCUUAGCUGGGGCAGACUCCCAAGAAAAGGAGACAGCCAUUGCAGACUGGGCUGAUCGACCAGCGAUGAUUAUCUACACCAGUGGUACCACGGGGAGACCCAAGGGAGUUCUGCAUACGCACAGAAGCAUCCAAGCCAUGAUCCAGUGUCUGGUUUCAGAGUGGGCGUGGUCCAGAGAUGACGUCAUCCUCCACACCUUGCCUCUCCACCACGUGCAUGGCAUCAUUAACAAGCUGCUGUGCCCGCUCUGGGUGGGCGCCACCUGCAUCAUGCUUCCUGACUUCGACCCUCAGAAGGUGUGGGAGAUGCUGCUGAGUUCCAAGGCUCCCCUGGUUAACGUGUUCAUGGCCGUGCCAACUAUCUACUCUAAGCUGAUCCAGUACUAUGAUCAGCACUUGUCACAGCCUCAUGUCAUGGACUUUGUCAAAGCGGCCUGCAAAGAGAGGAUCAGGCUGAUGGUUUCGGGCUCGGCUGCUCUCCCUCUUCCCACUCUGCAGCGCUGGCAUGAGAUUACAGGACACACACUGCUGGAACGCUAUGGCAUGACCGAGAUUGGCAUGGCACUGUCCAACCGUCUCAAGGGCCCAUACAUCCCAGGCGCUGUGGGGUUGCCCCUUCCUGCUGUGCAAGUUCGGAUUGUCAUGAAUGACACGAACAUCAUACUUGCGGAGGGCAAUCACAGAGACACUCAGGUACUUCCAGGUAUGGGGGGGAAAGAAGGGGAGCUCCAAGUUCGAGGGCCGUCUGUCUUUAAGGAGUACUGGAACAAACCUCAAGAGACCAGAGAGUCUUUCACUGAUGACGGCUGGUUCAAAACAGGAGACACAGUGGUCUAUAAAGACGGUGUGUAUUGGAUCAGGGGCCGCAGCAGUGUUGACAUCCUCAAGAGUGGUGGCUACAAGAUUAGUGCACUCGAGGUGGAGCGUCACCUACUGGCUCAUCCAGACAUCAUGGAUGUGGCUGUGAUAGGGGUCCCAGAUGCCACCUGGGGUCAGAAAGUCACUGCAGUGGUGCAGCUAAAGCAAGGGAAGAGUAUAGACCUGCCUGAGUUGAAGAUCUGGGCAAGGGAGCACAUGCCGCCCUACACCAUCCCCAUGGGCCUGGAGCUGGUGGAGGAGAUGCCAAGGAAUCAGAUGGGCAAGGUCAACAAGAAGGACCUCCUGCGACACUUCUUCCUAUGACUUGGACCGCUUCGAUUUGUAUGACAACAUACACGUUCCUGGUUAAAUAAUUGCGGGUGCACGUCACUUUCCGGGCUGUCCCCAUCUGGUCCUUAGAUCAGAUUAGAUCCUUUCAUCAUAGACAAGUAUACAGAGGAAAUACAAAGUAAUGGAUAAACACCUCAUGGAAAAUGACUUAAUGGAGACUUUAUUGCCCCACAAUGUACGGUACAAAGGAAAUGAAGGAGCUGCAAACAAAAUAUAAAUAAAUGGCAAAUGGCAGUAAGACGGCUCUUAGAAAAAAGUAUAACAUCUUUGGAAAAAUAAUUUAGCUCUCUUUGUGAAGUUCAUUUGAUUGUGGCACUUUUGGUGCAGUCUGUACUAUAAAGAUUAAUAUAUAGUGCAUACUUCAUACAAUUAGUAUGUAGUAUAUAACUGGGGCAAAAAUGUGAUAUAGUUACUUCAAAGUCAAUAUCCUUUAUAUAGUGUCUGCACCCAGCUGAACUGUGGCAUGGACUGUUCAAUCUGUCUUAAUAAAAUGGGAACAGCUAGUUUUGUCUCUUUGGCUCCUGAUGAAUAAUUGCACAUACCAUGAACAGGAUGCUCAACAGUUCCAAUAAUACUUAAACACAGCGGUACCCACUGGUAAAGAGUGUUUUCAGUGCUCUUAUUGGUAUAUUCUGUUGUUUUAGAGAAUAAAGAGUGACAAUUUUGGUGAUAGGGUUGGGUGACUUAAAUCAAGAAUCAUGGUUAAUUACACCUGCACCAAACAAAAUAGAAGACAAUUUGGUAGUAGAACAGGAGACAUGAUGAACUUUUAAAUGUGAUCAGUGAGAAAACAGUGUUAAUAUUAGGUUCUAGGCAAUGCACACACACUGAAGCACUUGAAAUAACAGAUAAUAUUUAUUUGGAAAUUAAAAAUUUCUAAAAAUUUAAA